AUGCUAACCAUUCUCCACAGUCCCCAACAAUGGCACUACCCUUCUCAUCAAAAAAGCUCAAAAUCACCACCCUCACCUUCGCUCCCUAUCAUCAUCUCCAGCCACCAAAACUCGCCUGCAGAUAAUCGAACGGCCGGCAAAAUCAAACGGCUGGCCCUCACCCAACAAGGCAGAACAAAGCUGAACAACAAUACUGACAGGGAUUUCUACGCGUACCCUCGAUUCGUAACCCACGUCGAUAAAAACUUCAUCUUGAAUCUGACUGAUCUUUACAGGGAAACACUGAGGCCGGAGAUGGAAAUCUUGGAUCUCAUGAGCUCGUGGGUAAGCCACUUGCCUGAGGAAGUCGAGUACAGGAAAGUGGUGGGCCAUGGGCUUAAUGCCCAGGAGCUUGCGAGAAAUCCGAGGUUGAAUUGUUUUUUCGUCAAGGAUUUGAACAAGGAACAGGAGUUUGAGAUGGAGGGUCACUGUUUUGAUGCUGUUUUGUGCACCGUGAGCGUGCAGUAUCUCCAGCAGCCUGAAAAGGUAUUUGCUGAGAUUUUUCGAAUACUGAGGCCCGGAGGAGUUUUCAUAGUCAGCUUCAGUAAUCGGUUGUUUUACGAGAAAGCUGUAAGCGCAUGGAGAGAUGGGACAGCGUAUAGCCGCGUGCAAUUGGUCGUGGAGUAUUUUCAGUGUGUAGAGGGUUUCACUCAGCCUCAAGCUAUUCGUAAAUUACCUAAUACUAAAGGGGAUGAAAGUAACUCGAUUUUCGGUCGGAUUAAAGGGAUGAUGGGUUUGUUAUCCGGGUCGGAUCCUUUUUAUGCUGUCAUAGCUUACAAGAACUUCAAACCUGUAUAUGAAUGA